UUCUUCCUUCGUCUUUAAUUACUCCCUCCGUGAAUUGUUAUUUUCGCGAUUAGGUGAAACCACCGGAAAAUUCAAUCCUCCGAUCACAAACGAUCACCUUCAUCGCCGCAGAAACUGAUUAUUUCGAAUCUUUUCGUUUAUACUGUAGAAUAACUGAUUACGAAUCGAAGAAGAUGAAGAGAAAGCUCAGAGAAGAACAAAGCUCGGAAGGAAGGUGAGAAACAUUUGAGAUCCGGUUCAAUCAAAUCAAAGAAGAUGAUGGUUUCUCAUAAAUUGGAUUUGAUUUUGGUGAUCGUGAUCGUAAUCGUAAUCGGAGGAUCUGUUCUCCGGACCUCCGCUGCUAAUUUCACUGAAACUUGUCUCGGAAGCUGCGGUGAAAAGACUCUGCCUUAUCCUUUUGGGUUUUCUUCUGGUUGUCGCAUCCAAUUCGGUUGCUCUGCGGCGGGGAUUGCGGAGAUCGGAGGCUUUCCUGUUCAGAACGUGACGGAAAACAGUAUAUUCGUCGCCCUUCCACACAAUUGUACUCGGAAGGUUGAAGAUAUGAAUCCUUUAUUCAGUGAGCAUUUCGCUCCGACGGCUGAGAACAGUUUCUUGAUGGAGGAGUGUAACCGUACUACAGACGGAUGCUCGAUUAAGCAGAAGUUCUUGGAGGAUGUUCUGAAGCUGGAAAGCUGUGAUGCCACUGGAAACAUAAGCUGUUUUUCUUUAGAUAGUAACUCGAGUUUGAAGAACUCAGCUAAGUUUUUCGGUAUGAAGGAAUUGAGGAAUAGCACUUGCCGUUUGUUGUUCUCGUCGAUAGCUUUCGAGUCUGUAGGUGUGAAUGCGGGAAUAGCGCUAGAGUUUGGGCGAGUUAGGUUAGGUUGGUGGUUAAAUGGAGACUGUAAGAGUAAUCCUUGCGGGAUAAACGCCAAUUGUACAGUCGUUGACACUCCUCAUGGAAAAACUGGACAUCGGUGCUCAUGUCUCGAGGGUUUCCACGGAGACGGCUAUAUUUGCCGGAAAGCACUACCGCAUUGUCAUGGUUCAAAGCUCGUUUGGGGACAUUGUAGAUCGACCCUUAUUACUAUUUUAGGAGGAACUGUUGGUGGUGCGUCUAUACUAGUUGGUCUGGCUCUUUUGUUCUUUUGUAAGCGGAGACGGUCUACUCCCUUAAGAAGCCAUUUGAGCGCCAAGCGUCUUUUGUCUGAAGCUGCAGGAAACUCAAGUGUCGCCUUUUUCCCUUACAAGGAAAUCGAGAAAGCAACUGAUGGUUUCUCUGAAAAGCAGAAGCUAGGAAUAGGUGCAUAUGGUACAGUCUAUAGAGGAAAGCUCCAAAAUGAUGAAUGGGUUGCUAUCAAAAGACUCAGACACAGAGAUUCAGAAAGUCUUGACCAAGUCAUGAAUGAGAUCAAGCUUCUUUCCUCUGUGAGUCAUCCGAAUCUUGUCCGUCUCUUAGGAUGCUGUAUAGAACAAGGCGAUCCAGUUCUUGUUUAUGAGUACAUGCCGAAUGGAACUCUAUCAGAACAUCUACAAAGAGAUAGAGGGACUGGUCUUCCAUGGACCUUACGUCUCACUGUAGCCACUCAAACAGCUAAAGCAAUCGCAUAUCUCCACUCUGCAAUGAAUCCACCGAUUUAUCACCGUGACAUCAAAUCUACCAAUAUUCUUCUUGAUUAUGAUUUCAACUCCAAAGUUGCGGAUUUUGGACUCUCUAGACUGGGAAUGACAGAAACUUCCCACAUAUCAACGGCUCCUCAAGGGACUCCUGGUUAUCUUGACCCGCAGUACCAUCAAUGCUUUCAUCUUUCUGAUAAGAGCGACGUCUAUAGCUUCGGAGUCGUCCUUGCCGAGAUCAUAACAGGAUUGAAAGUUGUUGAUUUCACUCGUCCACAUACUGAAAUCAACCUAGCAGCUCUUGCAGUUGACAAAAUCAGGUCAGGUUGUCUCGAUCAGAUUAUAGACCCGAUUCUCGACCUGGAGCUCGACGCAUGGACUCUCUCGUCGAUACACACCGUGGCUGAGCUCGCAUUUCGAUGCCUAGCUUUCCACAGUGACAUGAGACCGACAAUGACCGAAGUAGCAGACGAGCUCGAACAGAUACGGCUCAGUGGUUGGAUCCCAAACAUGAGCCUAGAUUCACCAACUGGUUCUCUCCGGUCAUCUGAUAUGGGAAGCGAAAGAUCAACUAGAAAACCAUCAGCAGGAAGUAGAAGAAUCGUUAUCCCACAGAAACAACCCGAAUCCCUCGCUGCCGUCGAAGAGAUUAACGAUAGCUCACCUGUCUCGGUUCAAGAUCCUUGGUUAAGUGCACAGAGCUCACCGUCGACGAAUACAUUACUCGGUAACAUUACCAGGUGAUAAUGAGAUCUCAAUAACACGUUUACAACUUUCUUGUUUAUAUAUAAGUCAGCUACGUGUAGCUUUUACAAUCAUUCAGUGUUCAUAAAUGGUAAGUAGAUAUAUUAGCAACCAAGAAAACAAGUUUAUACAUGCGUUAUUAUAAUGUAAACGAUCUUGAAACAAGAUCUUUCACUCAGUACCUCACAAAGUUCAGUAACAAAGCGAAAUUUUAUUCUAA